UGUAAACUUUCGAGCUCAACUGUAUGUGUGACUUACAUGUCACUGUCAGAAUAUACAGCUACUUUUGAAGGGCUGUCAGUGGAGAAGUACUUUAUUUAAGUUUACCAGUAUUAUCGAAAUUGCUCUGUUCAGCAAUAUAGAUGAAACAUUGUCAUUGUUUUGUCAGUCAUGGCAUCCUUCAGUGGUCCAGCACUAAAUGAGGAGCUCCAGUGCUCCAUCUGUCUGGACGUGUUCACUGAUCCAGUCACCACUCCAUGUGGACACAACUUCUGCAGAACCUGCCUGAGCAAGUGCUGGACGAACACACAGACCUGCUUCUGUCCACUCUGUAAAGAAGAAUUCAGCAAAAGACCUGAUCUCAAGAUUAAUACAACACUCAGAGAGGUUAUGCAACACUUUAAGAAGAAGCUCCAGGAGAAAAUCCAGGAAAAUCCUGGAGAAUCUGAGGUGUUCUGUGACUUCUGUGGUGAAAGAAAUCAGAAAGCUGUGAAGGCCUGCCUGACGUGUCAAAGCUCUUACUGUGAUGAUCAUCUGGAGCCUCAUCUCAGAGUCCCACGUCUAAAGAAACACACACUGAUCAACGCUGUGGAAAAUCUGGAGGAUUAUAUAUGCCAGAAACACGAGAGACCUCUGGAGAUGUUCUGCAGAGAUGAUCAGACGUGUGUUUGUCUGUCCUGCACUGAAGGAGAACACAGGACUCACAACACUGUUCCUAUAGAGGAGGAGAGUCGAGAGAAGAAGACACAGACAGACGUGCAGCAGAUGAUCCAGGACAGAAUGAAGAAGAUUCAAGAGAUCCAGGACUCAGUAGAGCUGAGAAAAAUAAACACAGCGAAAGAGAAAUCAUCCAGUGUUGAGCUCUUCACUGAUCUGAUCCGCUCCUUUAAGCGAUGUCAGUCUGAGCUGCUGAAGAUGAUGGAGGAACAGCAGAAAGAAGCAGAGAAACAGGCUGAAGAUCUCAUUAAAGAGUUGAAGCAGGAAAUCAGUGAGCUGGAGAAGAGAAACACUGAGCUGGAGCAGAUCUCACAUGCUGACGAUCAUCUCCAUGUCAUACAGAAGUACUCAUCCCUGUCCAGUCGUCCACACACCAUGAACUGGAGUGAGAUCAGGAUUGACUCUGAUGUGAAUGUGUACGCACUGCAUAGAGCUCUGAGACAAGUGAAAAAAACUCAUAAAGCUCUAAAUAAAAAACUCAGUCAAACUGGUUUGGGGUGUGUACAGAAGUAUGCAGUGGAUGUGACUCUGGAUCCUGAUACAGCAAAUCCAUAUCUCAUCCUGUCUGAUGAUGGAAAACAAGUCAGUGAUAAAGACAUUAUGCAGGACGUCCCAGAAAAUCCAAAGAGAUUUGAUGACAUUUGUGUUCUUGCAAAGGAGGGAUUCAGUUCAGGGAGAUUUUACUAUGAGGUGCAGGUGAAGGGAAAGACUCGGUGGAGUUUAGGAGUGGCCAGAGAAUCCAUUAACAGGAAGGGGGACAUUAGCCAAAGUCCUGAUGAUGGAAUCUGGUCUUUGUUAUUGAUUAAUCAGAAUCAGUAUAUAGCUUGUGAUAAUCCAGUGGUCUCUUUCCCUCAGAGAGGGGAAGCUGAGAAGGUGGGAGUGUUUGUGGAUUAUGAGGAGGGUCUGGUCUCUUUUUAUGACGUGGGCUCCAGAUCUCAUAUCUACUCUUUCACUGGUCAGACUUUCACUGAGAAACUCUAUCCAUAUUUAAACCCAGGCUUUAAUGAUAAAGGUAAAAUCUCAAACCCAAUGAUCAUCACACCUGUCAACUGAAAUGAAGUAACAUGAAAUAUGAAAAGAUUAACUAUGCAUGUGCUGUUUUCCACGUUGUACAAAAUAUGUCGUUUCAAUGAUAUAAUGUAUCGUUAUAAUGGGAAAAAGCAUAUCGUUUUAAUGACAUAAUAUCUCGUUAUUACCAGAAAAUAUUUGCUAUUAGGAGAAAUAAAUGUUGUUUUAAUGACAUAGCAUUCUGUUAUUAUGAGAAAUAUAUUUUUUAACGACAUAUCUCAUUUUUACGACAUUAUUCAGUAGAAACAAUAAUAUAUAUGUCACAGCAAUGCACACCUGUAGUUUCAUUUGACAGUACUUAGUGCUUUAGACUUUCCUUGGGUGGGCCACUCCAAUUUUUAUACGGCUUCAAGUAUUUUGGAGACACAUUUUUGCUUUUAGUAUUUUUAUCCUCUUAUAGUUUUUUAAUCGCCCGAGAUAAUGAAAUCAUCCACGAUCGAAUAACUAGUGGAAAAACUUCCCUCGCCCUAUGUGUUUUGUAGCUGUUCGUUCUGUGCGCGAGAACUGUUUACUCCUGCUGACAUUCCCGUGUGCGCUGCAGAGAUGCAGUGGGUGGAUAUGUCGCACAGGCUCAAUGAAUAGCGCACAUGUAUGCCAAGCAAUUGCUAAUGAACUCGAGUUGAUGAAUUAUGAUGAUGCUACGAUACUACUUCAUGGCCUUUAUAUAAUAUAUUUUAGACAGUUGUAAUAAUGCAUAUUAUAUCUCUCUCAUCUGAAGGAUAAUCUCGCAAUAGUAUAGACAUUUCAAAACAAGAGUCCCUGUGUAUUUUGGGCUUGUUUAUAUUUAAAAGUCACAAGUUUUUUUUUCUUCUUCAGGGCAAUAUUGGUAUUUUGGUUUCACAAUAAAUUGUAUUUAAUUUGAUUUCCAUUUAAUUCAUAGUAAACUAUUGUAUCCUCUGGCUGGGAUGCUCCCCCACAGGAAGAAACACAUAUUAUUCAAUAAUAUAUAGAUUUGUGUCCCAUUCACUAAGAGAGACACUAUAUGACAAAGCAAGGAGAACUCUUCCAUUACAAUGCUGUAAUUUUGC